AUGACGGACCUGCUGCGCAUCCUCCCGUCCUUCCGCGCCGCGCCCUUCUCCGCCCUCCUCCCGGCCAUCGAGCAGCACGCACUCACCACCGCCGAGCUCCUUGCCCUGCACCCCGCCGACAUCGCCAAGCAGACGCAGCUCCCGCUGCUGGACCUCAAGCGCCUCGUCGCCGCCAUCCAGUCGUCGCUGGUCGACGACCUUGUCGCGGAGCCGCUGCUCGUGGGGUUGGACGCUGACGAUGACGACACCGCCCAGCAGGACGCGGGGGAUGUUGGUGACGGCGAGGAGAAGGAGAAGGGGGGUGACGGAGGGGGAGACGCCGCUCCGGAGGAUGGCCGGGAUGAGCCCGAUGCAGACGCGGCAGAGCAGCAGGAGCAACUGCCACCGCCGCCGCAACGCCAGAUGACGCCUUGCGACGUCCCGUGCGAAGCCAUCAGCACCCUUGACGACGACCUCGACGCCGCGCUCGGCGGCGGCGUGCCCCUCGGCUGCAUCACCGAGUUCGCUGGCGAGAGCGGCGCCGGCAAGACGCAGUUCCUCCUUUCCCUGUGCCUCGCCGUGCAGCUGCCACCCCCGCGCGGCCUCGCCAAGCAGGCCCUCUACAUUUCCACCGAGUCCGGCCUCGCCACACGCCGCCUCGCUCAGAUGCUGGCCGCCAACCCGGCGCUCCUCCCCGGGGACGCCGACGACGAUGCCGGCGCGGCGGCCCGCCGCCCCUCGCUCGACAACAUCCUCAGUACCGUCACGCCCGACCUCGAGUCCCAGGACCACAUCCUCGAGUACCAGGUCCCCGUCUUGCUGUCGCGUCACGACAUUGGCCUCAUCGUCGUGGAUUCCGUCGCGGCAAACUACCGCGCCGAGUUUGAGCGCCAGGGCUCCCGCGGCUCUAACAUGGCCGCCCGGAGCGCCGAGCUCGUUCGUCUCGGCGCACUGCUGCGCGACCUCGCCCGCAGACACAACCUCGCCGUCGUCGUCGCCAACCAGGUCGCCGAUCGCUUCUCCUCGUCCCCUCUCUCGCCCGGCGCCAUCCGCGGCCGCGUCCACUCCGCCAGCGUUACCAACGUCGCAGCAACCUCUCGAAGCACGCAGGACAGUCCCCUCGCGUCGCGGAGUAAUAAAGGCCCCCCGUUUCCUCCCCUCGCCAGCACGCCCUCCUCCUCCGGCGCCGUGCCCUUCUCCUUCCCCGACGACGGCCCGCCGCCCGCGCCGCCCGCCCUGCGGCUCGACCACCAGCAGCGCUGGUUCACCGGCUGGGGCGACGAUCCGUACUCGUCGCAGGCCCUCAAGACACCCAGCCUGGGCCUCGUCUGGUCCACCCAGAUCUCGUGCCGUGUUGCACUCUUCAAGCGGCCCGUCUACGGCCGCCCGCGGAGAGUCGCGGCGCCCCUCCACGCCGACGACUACGACGACGGCGACGACGUGGCUUCGCGGGAGCCGACGCUCAAGGCUUGGAGGAGGUGGAUGAAGGUCGUGUUCGCGCCGCACGUCGCGGCGUCAGGGCAGGGCAUGGAUGGAGCGACGGAGUUUGAAGUCAACAUGGGCGGGCUCAAGUCCGUGAAGCCUAAAGCCAAGCUCAAAACUAAAGGCAUGGGCUGA